AUGAUAAUUGAUACAACACAAAUCCAGGCUAUCCAUUCCUUUUCCGGAUUGGAAUCCGUAAAAGUCAAAGAAGUCUAUGGGAUCAUAUGGAUACUUGCCCCUAUUUUUACUAUUGUAUUAGGAAUCACAAUGGGUUUACUAGUAAUUGUUUGGUUAGAAAGGGAAAUAUCCGCGGGAAUACAACAACGUAUUGGCCCCGAAUAUGCGGGUCCUUUAGGAAUUCUUCAAGCUUUAGCAGAUGGUAUCAAACUCCUUUUGAAAGAAAGCCUUCUUCCAUCUCGAGGGGAUACUCGCUUAUUCCGUAUCGGACCUUCCAUAGCAGUGAUAUCCGUUUUUCUAAGUUAUUUAGUAAUUCCUUUUGGUUAUAAGCUUGUUUUAGCCGAUCUUAGUAUUGGGGUUUUUUUCUGGAUCGCCGCUUCAAGUAUUGCUCCCGUUGGACUUCUUAUGUCCGGAUAUGGAUCAAAUAAUAAAUAUUCCUUUUUAGGUGGUCUACGGGCAGCUGCUCAAUCAAUUAGUUAUGAAAUACCCUUAGCUUUAUGUGUAUUAUCAAUUUCUCUGCUAUCUAACAGUUCAAGUACAGUUGAUAUAGUUGAAGCGCAGUCAAAGUAUGGUUUUUGGGGGUGGCAUUUGUGGCGUCAACCGAUAGGGUUUAUCAUUUUUAUAAUUUCUUCUUUAGCCGAAUGCGAGCGAUUACCUUUUGAUUUACCAGAAGCGGAAGAAGAAUUAGUAGCGGGGUAUCAAACCGAAUAUUCAGGCAUCAAAUUUGGUUUAUUUUACGUUGCUUCAUAUCUGAAUCUACUAAUUUCUUCAUUAUUUGUAACAGUUCUUUACUUAGGGGGUUGGAAUCUUUCUAUUCCAUACAUAUUUCUUCCUGAGCUUUUUGACAUAACUAAAAGGGGUAAAGUCUUUGGAACAAUAGUAAGUAUCGUUAUUACAUUAGCUAAAACCUUUUCGUUCUUGUUCAUUUCUAUUGCAACAAGAUGGACUUUACCAAGGCUCAGAAUGGACCAACUAUUAAAUCUUGGAUGGAAAUUUCUUUUACCUAUUUCUCUAGGUAAUCUAUUAUUAACAACUUCGUCUCAACUUCUUUCACUGUAA